AUGGAUUUCGUGCCGUUCGUGCUCACGGCUGGUAUUAUCUUUUUCCUCCUGUAUUGGAUGGUGAAAUGUUGCUGUACAAGGCGCACUAGUCAGGGUGCGGUGAUAGCAACACCCAUUGUGAUAACUUCGGAAGUUCAUCAUGUUACACCGGGAACUACCCAAGCCGUACCGGCUGGUGCGAUCAUUCAGGGACAUUCGACUGGAACAUCCGCGUAUCCGGUAACGCAGACCGGCUUUCCUGCCCUUCCUGUCCAGCAACACUCGGCACCCUUUCCCGCGCAGCCGUACAUGCAACACUAUCCACUGCAACAGUCAGGUGCACCAGCAGUACCAACGCCGGAACAUGUCGGUGCUGGAACUGUACAAUUUCCGGCACUUCCUCCACAGUUUGAAUAUCCUGCGCCUCCGAUGGCAUCCGCACCUCCGGCCGGCCCUACGGUAGGUGCUGCGAUGGUUAACCCACCCAGCUACGACCAGGUGGUGUCGGAGGCAUACCCUGUCCAGGCACCGUACAAUCCAAACUACAAAGGUUAA